GUUUGUUUUUUUGGGGACAACAAGCUUGCAUUGUGCAAAGAAAAGUGUGCUUAUGCCACACACCUCUCUGACAGUUUAAGUUUCACUUUCCUUUCCACAGAAAAGUAUCCUACACUCUUGUUUUCUAUUCUCCUCUAUCCUUUUGCAGCUGUUAUUCGCCACAUAGCCUAUACAGCAGCGGUUAUCAUGCAGAAUCUAACUGAAGAAAAAACAAGACCAUUCAGCUUUUCAUUUGGUUUGGCCCCACCUGAAUGUCCAGCUCCUGCAGCUAAACCGGCUUUUGUGAUUGGAGAGGACGUCAAAAGUCCUUUCACCCUUCGUUCAAACGUCAGUUCAACAAAGAAAAAAGAAAAGAACACACCUUCAUAUACAUUUCCUGGGGCGCUGCCAACGGAGCCCCGCGCCCCCCCUGAAAUUCAAGUACCUAAACCUAAGUUGGAAUCUCAAUGGAGAGAAAUGGAGUGGACAGAAGAACCAGCCAGUUUUUCAUUUGCCACACCUGAAUGUCCAGCUCCUGCAGCUAAACCGGCUUUUGCAAUUGUAGAGGACGUCCUAAGUCAUUUAACCCUUUGUUCAAACGUCAGUUCAACGGAGAAAGAAAAGAACACACCUUCAUAUACAUUUCCUGCAACUCAACCUAAGUUGGAAUCUCAAUGGAGAGAAAUGGAGUGGACAGAAGAACUAGCCAGUUUUUCAUUUGCCACACCUGAAUGUCCAGCUCCUGCAGCUAAACCGGCUUUUGCAAUUGUAGAGGACGUCCUAAGUCAUUUAACCCUUUGUUCAAACGUCAGUUCAACGGAGAAAGAAAAGAACACACCUUCAUAUACGUUUCCUGCAACUCAACCUAAGUUGGAAUCUCAAUGGAGAGAAAUGGAGUGGACAGAAGAGCAAAAGGCGAGUCUGAUGAAGACUGUCAGCUCCUACAGGCCGAGCUGUCACGAGGGGACUCAGGCUCGAGUUCUCCUCCUGGGUCCGGUCGGUUCUGGAAAGUCCAGCUUCAUCAGUUCAGUCCAGUCUGUGUUUAAUGGAAGAGUCACCAACCGGGCCAUGGUGGGCACCUCUUCCACCAGCUUCACCAAGAAGCUGCAGUCCUUCAACAUCCAUGGUCAGAAAGGAGAGGAUCCUACUGGACUGGUGCUGUGUGAUAUCGUGGGCUUGGGGGGUGGAGAGAUGACUGGACUAACCCUCCAUGACAUCCUGUCUGUCAUUAAAGGUCAUGCACCAGAGGGGCACAAAUUUAGCCCAGAUCAACCAGUGCGGUCUGAGACUGUGGGCUAUAUAAAGAAGCCAGGUCUGAAAGACAAGAUCCAUUGUGUUGCCUUUGUGGUAGAUGCCUCUAAAAUCCUGACCUACCCCAAAGGCCUCGGCACCACCUUCAGGCUGCUCCGAAAGCACAUCAGUGACCUGGACAUUCACCAGGUGGCCCUGCUGACCCAGAUAGACCAAAUUUGUCCAGAAACGGCCAAAGAUGUCACCCAGGUUUACAAGAGCUGCAUCAUUCAGGACAUGAUGAAUAAAGCUGGGGAUCUGUUGGGUAUGUCUACCUCCUACAUUGUCCCGGUGAAUAACUACUCAUCAGAGCUGAAGCUGAACGUGAACAACGAUGUGCUUCUGCUUAGAGCUGUGGACCACAUCCUGCAGUAUGCUGACCUGUAUUUCCAGGACAAUGCACCACAACACACAGGGCCAAAGAUCGAUUUGGGGGUUUAGCGUGGAGCAUUUAAAAAAUGUCGGAGCAACUUUAAGCUGUUUUUUCAAAGCUACAGAAUGUAAAUGCUACAUGUAAUAGAUCAUGUAACAUAUAACACUCUCAUUAUGUCAUUAUGUUUGUAUUUGUAAGUGUGAUCUGUUCUUUAAUAAAAGGUAAAUGGUCCAGGAACAGCAUUGUUUUUGAGUGGCACAGAGUGGGUGUAAGUCAUCCCAUACUUUGUCUUUCUGUUGGUGGUAAAGACAUUUACAAGUGUCUUACCGUAUUCACAAUGGCAUCAUUAUCAUGGCUGAGCACCUAACUGUGAGGUUCAAUAAUUUUGUUUUCGAUUGUAUGAUUUUUCCUCACUCUCAGGGUCUAUUGCAGGUGAACAUCCUCUCUUACGAGUAUAAUUCACACAAUGUACAAUAUAUAAAUCUCCAUCUCUUUGCCUGUCACUUUUUUAUAGCAUCUACUGUUUAUAUCAACUGUAUUUCCAAACCUUAAUUAAAAAUCUUUAUUCACA